AUGCAUAAGAGACAACGACCACAUUUUCAGGACCUCUCUUCUCCUUUUUCCUUUAUUAAGGCCAUUGAGGAUAAGGAAUUGCUUUCUAUGGACCAAAAAAUUGGUCUUAUCAUCGAUACACUGAGUCAGAGCUUUGAUAAGUCCAAUUUACCCAACAUUUCAUAUCCUUCAUGGGUAAAGAAAGAUAAAACCAAGACUCUUCUUUACUCUUUGAAUAUCAUUCCUUCGGGAUCGUUGGAAUUUCUUCCAAAGACGGAGGAGAUGAGGAGAUAUCAAACAAGAAUCAUGGAUUUAUGCACCUAUUAUGAAAGCAACGACAUUAAGAAAUUAAUGAUGGAAUUACCUGAAGCAGUGAACUUGUUUCAAGAAUAUUCACGAGUUUGGAACGAAACAUCUAUUUUAUCAUUAAUAUCUGCCUUAUGCCAAACCAAAAACGUACUUGCAUGUAACGGUGAAAUUGUGAUUACUGGGACAUACAACUCGUUAUUCAAUACGUUGUUUAAAAAGAAAAAUCUUGUUCCCCAUGGAGACAAGAUAUUGGAUAUUCGUCUAGCAGCGGAGUUCCCUUACUUUAAGGUAAAAUGUGAUUCGUUCAUGACAGACAACAUAGAAUCUGUUGUUUAUCACAUCAGAGAAGACAAAGACAGUGACGAAAGUGAUUGGGAAUCGACCUCUUCUGAUGGAUACAAGGUGAUCGUAACAAUGAGAGGGCUGUUAAGUGAAAACAUUCGACAGUUCAGGAUGAACAAAGAUCAAUUGCAGCGUUAUUGCAAGAUGACAGGCAUGAUAACAAACAAAAAAUUCAUUCACUGCUUUGUUUUGGAAGCAAAAUUUGAUGAACACAUGAAUGUUUCUUACCAUUUAUUCAAAUAUGCGUUUGCUGUUAACUUACCUGAUUUAAUUAGAUUGGUCAUGUUUCUUUGUCUAUAUAUCCGAGACUUCAUUCCAGAGAGUGAAAUUAUGUCCACUUCUGAUUACGUUGAAGUGGAAAUGUCACCAUUCAAAGAUCCACAAAGGAUUAUGGAAGUGGCAUCCACCGUCCUUAGCUCUAAAUCUCAAGAAGUGUACAAAAUGAUACACGGAAAACCUGUAAUGAGGAUGCUUGACUCCAAACAUAGCCAACUGUUUGUUAUGAAAACUACAAGCGUUUACAAAUUAACCGAUUCUACAGAAAAUUAUAUCUAUGAAACCUUACUUCGAACAAAUUACUGUCAAUACCUUCCAAGGGUUUUAACUUUCCAUCAUGACGCUGUCGAAUUGGAGCAUUUGAGAGAAAUUAAUACUGUCACAUCUUGGGAAGAAAGUUCUGUUCUUGCAUUACUCUCAGAUGUGACAUGUGCAUUGAGAUUUCUUCAUGAACACAAUAUUUUACACAGAGAUGUAAAACCUACCAACAUUUUUCUGCGAGAUGGAGAAGGUGAAUUUUUCUGCUUUGUGCUUGCAGACUUCAAUCUCUCAUGCCAUUUUCAAAGAAUUCAACACCAAAACAAAGAGGUCUUGCUUGAUUUGAACAGUAACAAAAUUAUUAAUGAGAAAUGUGGAACUAAAGCGUUUUGGGCACCUGAGGUUGAGAAUGAAGAGAAUUAUAAUGAAAAGAUUGACAUCUAUUCAUUGGCUCUCACUGUCCUCUAUCUGUUAAAUCCUUCCCUUUUUAAAACUUGCUUGUUUACCAAAGAUUGGCUUGGAAUGAGCACGAGCUUGAACAUUAGUGCUGGACUGCAAGGUCUCUUAAGUGAAAUGCUUGCCAUCCAACCUUCUAAGCGACCCCCUGCACAUGAAAUCGAGAACAGAUUGUCCAACCUCAUGUCCGAGAGCAAUGAAUGA